UUGACACUGAGCCCAGGCAUUGCCCUUAGAGUUACUGAACUUUAAACUUGAACAUUUCUCAUUUAGUGACAUCCUGAAAGCUCUGCAGUUAACUAUUACAGUGGAUCAAAAAUGGCAACUCACUUUUGGACAAUAUGCUUUCUUCUUUUUGUCUUCCUUUUCCUUCAGACAGAACAGACAGUCUUUCUUUCGGCCAACAAUGCGAAUCAAGUUAUCUCAAGACAUAAGCGUGGGUCUUCCCUAAUUAUUGAGGAGUUCUUUCAAGGCAACUUGGAAAGAGAGUGUCUAGAAGAAAGAUGCACGUAUGAAGAGGCACGAGAAGUAUUUGAAGACAAUGAAAAGACUAACAAGUUUUGGGCUCGCUAUUUCGGUGGCAGACAGUGCUCCUCAAACCCAUGCCAGCACAACGGUGUGUGUCAGGACAGCAUUCGCAGCUACACCUGCACCUGUACAGAUGCCUAUGAAGGACAGAACUGUAAUUUCGCUAAAAAUGAGUGUCAACACAAAACUAGAGAGGGAUGUCAACACUUCUGCUAUCCAGGAUCUGAGUCCUACCGCUGCUCAUGUGCAAAAGGCUAUGAACUUGGGGAAGAUAAAAAAUCAUGCAUUCCAAGAGAUCAAUGUGCAUGUGGCAGACUUGAUGACACUAAAAUAAUGAGGCUGAAGGAAAUUAAGACGAUUUGCCACAGAGGAUUCCCUUGGCAGGUCAUGUUGCUAAAUUUGGAAGGAAAGGGAUUCUGUGGAGGUGUUCUUUUGAAGAGCAACUUCGUGUUGACUACUGCUGAGUGUGCCCUUCUGCACAAUCAUUCUGGUAUCAGGGUUAGGACUGGGAAUAACAGGAGGCAUGGAGCUGGACAGGUAAUAGAUGUGACUGAGAAACACAUACAUAUGCGGUAUGACGAAGCUACUGGUGAGAAUAACCUUGCAUUGCUACAACUUCGAGAGCACAUUGAGUGCAACAACUACCAGCAUUUUAUAUGUCUUCCUGACAAAGACUUUGCAGAACAUGUUUUGAUUCCACAAGUGGCAGGCACUGUCAGUGGCUGGAAACAGGAAGAAAGCGAGGUGAGAGGUUCACUAGUUGAGUUGCAGGUCUCCUACCUUCCUGAAAGGGAAUGUGAACAAAUACUCAAUACAAGUCUUACAAACAGACAGUAUUGCGGACAUCACCCAGAACCUGUGGAUGGGCAGCUGGCAGGAGGAAACUUUAUUGCCCAUGACUACAAAGGCACUUGGUUUCUGACAGGUAUUUUUGGAGCGUGGCCACCUAAUGUAAGUAACUGGGAACCAUUUAUUUUUACAAAGACUUCAAGAUAUAUAAUGUGGUUCAAACAAAAAACGGAAUAAAAGUCCCAACAGCACCAAAUCCAUAACUGCAAUUACAAAGACCACUUGGCUGCAGCAACUUGGUUUCAGCAAGGUCAACCUGUAUUGUGAUGUUAAUACUGUAAAUAUUUAACUGUAGUUCAUCCCUCAAAACAAAUCUAUUA